CGGAUAUUGGGCCUCCGUGCUACUCAGUCGGACCUCUGUUCAGCCACCUCGACGCCAAGCCCGACCACAGCGCCACGAAUGUCUACUCCGGCUGGCGACGGCGAGGCCACCGGCGCAGGGACGCCGGAAGCAGCAGCGCCCUUCUCCGCCGACUGGAAAGAGCGGAUCUUAGUCCCCGUCGUGGCCGCCGGUGUUGUCGGAGCUGGGUUCGGGCUGCUGUCGCGGCACAGGGCGCGCCUUGGCCCGAUCCGCGCUGCCGCUACCUAUGCGGCCAACCUCUCCAUCGUGGCCGGAUGCUACGGAGGUGCGCGUGAACUUGCAAGAGAUGCUCGAGCUACAACACCUGAUGACCUCAUGAAUUCUGUUGUUGGAGGGCUAGCAAGUGGAGCUGUUCUUGGCCGAAUACAAGUUUUCCUCAAGUCAAAUUUGACUAUAGUGCUCAAUUCCUCAUUGUCCUUAUGGAUUUGAUCUUCACAGUGCACCAAGCAAGCUUAUAUAUCUGAAAGAAUUAAGUUUAUGAUAUCACACAUACUAGCAGAUCAAGAUGCAUAUUAUAUUACAUUACGCACUGAAGCUUAGGGAAAUGUGCGAUUGUGGUCAGUCAUGUGCGUUCUGGUGGAGCUUGUGCAAAUGCUUAGAAGGUGGCCACUUUGGAGCGGUGAAGUAUGCAGUUACCCUAGCGGUUGCUGGUACUGCAUUGGACUACUUCGCGAUGAAGCUAAGACCUC